UACACAUAACGAACAAUCAUCUACGAACACACAAAACAAAAUCUAUCAGCAGAAAAUUUCAAAGUUUCUACGAAACGAUGUCGUUGUCCGUUGCCGUUUGCAACUCGCCGGUGUUCGCCCCGUCCUCGUCUCUUUUCUGCAACAAAGCGUCGAACAUCUUUCCGGCGCAUGAAACCCUAACACUAUCUCGUUCCCAUAUCAAUCCUCCGUCUGCUUCCGCUGCGUCUCCCACAUCGCCCUUCUGUCUCCGCCUACUGAAACCGCCGGCUAAAUUAGGAUCUGGAUCGGACUCUGUUCCCGGAGCCUGUAACCGACAUUCGCCGCCGGUAAGCGUUUUGAAGAGGAAACGACCGACGAGGAUUGAUAUACCGGUGGCUUCGGCGGGUAUUGUAGCUCCGGUCUCGGUGAAUGAAGAGACGCCGGGUGAGGAAAGUGGAGAGAUGGAGAGGGAUGGUGAUGGGUUUUCGGUUUAUUGCAAGAGAGGAAGGAAAGAAGCUAUGGAGGAUCGCUUCUCUGCCAUCACCAAUCUUCGAAAUGAUCCCAAUCAGGCGAUAUUUGGAGUCUACGAUGGUCACGGAGGAUCAAGAGCGGCUGAGUUUGCGGCUAAGAACUUGUGUAAUAACAUUAUAAAAGAGAUAGUUAGCGAGAGGAACGAGUCAAAGAUUGAAGAAGCUGUAAAACGCGGUUACCUAGCGACUGAUUCUGAGUUUCUCAAAGAGAAUGACGUCAAGGGCGGCUCGUGCUGCGUCACGGCUCUGAUCAGCGACGGGAAUCUCGUGGUGGCCAAUGCCGGUGACUGCCGUGCUGUUUUGAGCGUUGGAGGUUUUGCAGAGGCCCUGACUUCUGACCACCGUCCUUCCAGAGACGAUGAACGGAACAGAAUAGAAAACUCGGGUGGAUAUGUGGAUACAUUUCACAGUGUUUGGAGAAUCCAGGGAUCUUUAGCGGUAUCUAGAGGAAUCGGAGAUGCUCAUCUCAAGCAAUGGGUAAUAUCUGAACCAGAGACAAAGGUUCGCCGAAUAAAUCCCCACCACGAGUUCUUGAUCUUAGCGUCAGACGGUCUAUGGGACAAGGUUAGUAACCAGGAGGCAGUAGACAUAGCUCGACCGUUCUGCAUAGGAACCAAUCAUAAGCAGAAGCCAUUGUUAGCCUGUAAGAAGCUCGUUGACCUCUCUGUUUCACGAGGCUCAUUAGACGAUAUCAGUGUGAUGAUAAUUCCUCUGUCUCGCUUCAUCUGACCGUUAGAUAAAUUAUAAAUGUAGAGAUAGGAAAGCAAUUUUAGACGUGUUUUAACUUCAUUCAGAUAUUUUAUUUGUUAGGAAACUCUGUGAUUGUGUAUAUACCGUAUCGUAGCAUGUUUAUUGUACACAAACAAAAAUCCAAAACUUGA